AUGGCUUCCCUCUUGAGAUGGGCACAGACGAUAAUUAGAAAAGCCCCGUCACUCCCUACGCGGUUUCCGACCAGCGGCUUUGAAACAAUAAGCGCAUCUGAGGUAGUCGAGGAAGAACGGUUCGAAGGAUUUAAGAAAGGGCGCUACUAUCCAGUCAAUAUUGGCGAGGUCUUUAGUUCCAAGUAUCAGGUUGUUGGGAAGCUUGGAUUCGGCGUUACUUCUACAGUAUGGCUCGCUCGCGACCUUCAGGAUCAUCGAUAUGUCACGUUGAAAGUGUAUACAUGUGAUGAAACGAACCAGGAAGAGUUCAAGAUCUAUAAACAUUUGAGCCAGGCGAAUACCUUGGAUCCAGGCCAUGUCCACGUAAGGACAGCUCUGGAUGCAUUUACCAUCCCUCGUGCCUUAGGGAACAGCCACCACUGUCUUGUCCAGAAGCCCAUGUGGGAGAGUUUCAGGGAUUUACUCUUUCGUAACCCUGAACACCGGUUCACGGAAGACCUCCUCAAAGCUGGUCUUAUGCAGAUUUUCCUUGCUUUGGACUACCUGCACUCCGAGUGCAAGCUUGUACAUACAGACAUCAAAGCCGACAAUAUUCUCCAGGAGAUAGAGGAUACUCCCAUCCUGGAUAGCUUUGCCAAAGCUGAGAUGGAGCAUCCUUCACCGCGGAAGUUCACCGAGGGUGGACCAGUCUAUGCGUCACGGCGCUUUGACCUGCCGCGGAACUUCGGCAAGGCAGUCCUGAGUGAUUUUGGUUCCGCUGUGCGAGGGGAUGAAAAGAGAAACCAUGAUGCUCAGCCCAACGUGUACAGGUCUCCUGAAGUAAUGCUGAAGACGGAAUGGAGCUAUCCGGUGGAUAUUUGGAAUGUCGGUGCUAUGGUAUGGGAUCUAUUCGAGGGCAGGCACAUGUUCUACGGCAAUGACCCCGACGGGAAAGGAUACUCGACUCGUGCGCACCUUGCAGAAGUUAUUGGAGUGCUGGGACCACCUCCUUUGGAUAUGCUGAAGCGCGGAAAGCGAAGUCAUGAAUUUUUCGAUGAAGACGGGAAAUGGAAAAAUACUGUAGAGAUACCUCGAGAUACGUCAUUAGAAAAGCUGGAACUGUAUCUCGAGGGACGAAACAAAGAGAUGUUUCUGGACUUCAUGAGAGGCAUGCUUCAGUGGAGACCGGAAGAUAGAAAGACGGCGAAGGAGCUGCUGCGGGAUCCGUGGUUGAAUGCUGAUUCCACCUAA